UGUUGAUCGCCGAUCAUAUUGAGUACGAUACAUAGUAGAGCCCCCUGUAGAUCGGAAGUUGCCUUUUCCUCGAGUUUUGGGCCUUGUGUUCUGCUGGGAAAUAAAGAUGCUGUCGUCAUUCAGUACUCGGUAUCUAUCGGUAAGAACCUGGCGGGUGCGGCGCACAACUUCUACAAAAAGUUUCUUUCUACGGACACAUGAAGCCUACACCAGUCUCGUCCACUGUUUUUGUUCGGUCUAUCAGUCCGGCUUUCGCCGGCUCUUUUCAGUGCGAGCAUGAUGUCCAGGUUCCUCUGGAGGCCGUCCCCUCUGUGCAACAUCGUUCCCCUUGUCUACGCUUUGUUUGUGCUCUCGAAACUGUCAUCUGCAAAGAAGAGAAAGAAAAAACAGAUGUCCAGCCAGCCCACACCCAAAUUGCUCGAGCACGGUCGCCCGCUUCUGAGGAGCGACAGCGAGUUCCCCGCAGAAUGGUUUGCUCGGCGUGAUGAGUCCCCCGACGAGCGCUUUUACCAGGACGAGCGACUCGUGGAACACAUCGACAAGCCAGCCAUCGCUGCAACCACGGCCUACUACACCAAGAUCAUUGCUGAGCUUGCCGCGGCGCAGGCAGAUCAAGCCUCUGGCAGCACAGAUCCGCCCGAAGUCCGCGUGCUGGACCUUUGCUCCUCCUGGAUCUCGCAUUUGCCGCUACCGGAUGGGGAUUCGAGUAAAGACAAGAUAGUUACCAUACGUACAGAAAGCAGUCAACAACAGAAGGUAAAACUGAUCGUCACGGGGCUGGGCAUGAAUGCGAAGGAGCUGGCGGUGAAUCCAGUACUAAGUUCGCAUGUGGUGCAAAAUUUGAACACGGACCCCAAGCUGCCAUUUGCAGAGGACAGCUUUGACCUCGUCGUGAAUUCCGUCUCCGUGGACUACCUGUAUGGAUUGCAAAUAUGUCUGGGUCUGGAAGAAUGCAAGGUUUGUCAUGCUUGUCUGGCAUGACUGAAGUGUUUGUAAUGCGUGACCAAGAAGAGAGCCUUUUGCCUGUCAUGCAAAGACGCAGUUUGUCAUGCGAACAGCGCAACACUAAGCAGCGCAGAUAUUUCUCAUGCUUGGCUGUGCAUUACAGAGCAUUCACUAUUCUCAACCAAGCAUUACAAGUUUCCAGACCCAGACAUUUUUACAUUUGGUAACCUGACUUCGCCGCUGAAGGUGUUCCGGGAAACGAAACGUGUGCUGAAAGACUUGGGGCGGAGUUUGAAUGUUUUCUCGAACAGAUUCUUUCCGACGAAAGUCAUUGACGUGCUAUGAUGAGGAAAAGUGGCCGGCGCCCGACGAUCGUACGACGCAGCGCUGCGGAAACGUCACGUGCGAUAGAAUACUUAGAGUUACGUACAGCUAACACUUCUUCACGAGAUAAAUGUGCAUGACCAGCAGUGAUGAACGUACGAUUUGUGCAAGCGGAGCGGUUUUUCCUUUGCAUAGAAAUGGCUGCAGAGCGACGACGCCUUUCACUGCUACCUCGUCUCAAGCUAUUUUCAAACGACGAGCGAUACAGAGGCGAAUUCUUCAGGAGCCUGGGCGGACAUCGAAGCACUGGACAUAUCCCCGAAGGCAGGUAGAUCGGAUCCCCUGUACGUCAUACAGGCGAAAAAGGUUCUACUUGCACCAGGAAAGCGCAGCCAAGCUGAGCUCUAGCGGGACAUCGAACCAGUUACGAUUAGUAUAGCAAGUAGGUCCUCUACCUUUAAACUUCUUCCCUACAAAUGGCAUCAGACGCAUGAACAUUCAUGCAGCUGCACAUUGAAAAUGAAAUAAACCAGAGUUCGCAGAUCAGUUUGCGAGAACGCCAUUGAAAGAGUGUCCACGUGUUUCAAUUCCAAACCGUGCAAGCGUUGUCACUACCGCCAGAUCUUCUUGAUCCAAGUGAGAAAACAGCUUAAACACUCCGGAUCUGUAUCAGAGAUCUAGCCUCAAAAGG